AUGACAGAAGAUGGCAUCGAUGAUAAUAUGCAAGAGCCUUUGAUAGAGGAGGUUCCUGAUGAGACUGAGCCGAUGGAAGACAAUUUCACAGCGGGCAGCUACCCCUGGAACAUUCUGAUGUUCCCACGGGGGAACAGAGAAGGGACAAAUGCGGCUAUGUCGCUCUACUUGAAUGCGGCAGAUGCAGACACGGCUCCCUUAGGUUGGAUGAGGCGUGCAAGUUUCAAGCUCACUGUCGUCAACCAUCUCAGUCCAGAGCAGUCUUUCACCAAGCGUAAGCAGGCGGACCACAACUUUAGUGCUGGCGGGGUGGACUGGGGCUUCACAAGCUUCAUGAACUUGAGGGACCUGCUGGACCCCAAGAAGGGCUACUUGGUGGAUGACACGCUCACAGUGUCGAUGGACAAGACCGACAACCUCCACUAUGACAGCAAGAAAGAGACGGGAUUUGUCGGGCUGAAGAACCAGGGCGCCACAUGCUACAUGAAUUCCUUGCUGCAAUUCCUCUACAACAUCAACUACUUCAGGCAGGCAGUGUACCACAUGCCCACUGCAGAGGAAGACAUAGCCAAGAGCAUCCCUCUGGCGCUGCAGUCUCUCUUCUACAAGUUGCAAUUCGGCGAGUCAAGUGUGUCCACAAAGGACUUGACCAAGUCCUUUGGCUGGGACUCUUACGACGCCUUCAUGCAGCAUGAUGUGCAAGAGCUCAAUAGAGUGCUCCAGGAGAAGCUGGAGGACAAGAUGAAGGGCACAAAGGUGGAGGGGACAAUAGGGCAGCUGUUCGAGGGGCACAUGCACAUGUUCAUCGAGUGCAUAAAUGUGGACUACAAGAGCACGCGGCAAGAGAGCUUCAUGGACCUGCAGCUGGAUGUCAAGGGGUGCAAGCAUAUCUACGACUCCUUUGACAAGUACUGCGAGGUGGAGGUCAUGGACGGGCAGAACCAGUACAAGACAGACGACCAUGGUUUGCAGGACGCCCGAAAAGGAGUGCUCUUCGACGACUUCCCGCCGGUGCUGCAGCUGCAGCUGAAGCGCUUUGAGUACGACUUCCGCAGGGACAUCAUGGUCAAGAUCAAUGACAGGUAUGAGUUUCCGGACGAGCUUGACCUGGACUAUGAGCAUGGCAAGUACCUGUCGGAGAAUGCGGACCGCUCCGUGCGCAACCUCUACAGGCUACACAGCGUGCUCGUGCACAGCGGCGGCGUGCACGGCGGCCACUACUAUGCCUUCAUCAGACCAGAUGGCAAGCACUGGUUCAAGUUCGACGACGAGAAGGUGUCGGUGGAGGAUGCCAAGAAGGCGCUGAACGAGCAGUAUGGGGGCGAGGACGAGAACCCGCCGCCAGGCACCGGCUUCAACACCUUCAAGUUCACCAAGUACUCCAAUGCCUACAUGCUGGUCUACGUGCGCACGAGCCACUGGGACAAGAUCAUGUGUGAGGUGGGCAAGAGCGACAUCCAGGACCACGUGCGCAUGCGGCUGGAGGCGGAGAAGGAGGAGAAGGAGGCGCGGCGGCGCGAGAAGCAGGAGGCCCACCUCUACACCGUUUUCCGCAUCGUCACCGACGCUGACAUCCGCGACCAGAUCGGCCACAACCGCUGGUUCGACCUCGCCGACCAGGAGAAGGUGAAAACCUUCCGGGUGAAGAAGCAGAUGCUGUUCGGGGAGUUCAGGGAGCUGGUCGCUGAGGAGCUGGGGGUGCCCCUGGAGCAGCAGCGCUUCUGGACCUUCGCCAAGCGCCAGAACAGCACGCUCAGGCCGGCGAGAGCGCUGCAGCCGUCGGAGGAUGAGGCGCGGGUGACGGAUUUGAAGGACAGCCCGGUAAAUAACAGGCUGCAGCAGCCGCAGACCAUCGCGCUCUUCCUGGAAACCGCCAUUGGGCCCGCCAAGGAGCUGCCACCGAUCAACAAGAACAUGAUCCUCCUCUUCCUCAAGCUCUACAAGCCCAAAACGCAGACCUUGCGAUACGUUGGGCGGAUAUUUGUGUUGAAGACACAGAGAUUCGCGGACCUGUACCCGCUGCUGCUGAAGCGGGCGGAGCUGCCGGAGGACACAAAGCUGGCCAUCUAUGAGGAGAUCAAGUUUGAUCCGACAGUCAUGGUGGAGCUGCAGAAUCCCAACCACUCCCUGGCCAACGCUCAGCUGGAGGACGGGGACAUCCUCUGCCUCCAGGAGCAGCCCAGAGAGGAUGACAUGGAGGAGCUGCCCUACCCAACAGUCAAGGACUACCUGGUCUGGGUGCGCAACAGGAUGACAGUCACCUUCCGGCGGCUCGAUCAGCCCAAGGAGGCGGGCGUGGUGCUGGAGCUGAGCAGGGACCUGGACUAUGACGGCGUGGCGGCUGCGCUCACAGAGGCGCUGCGCAAGGCGGAGCAGGCCGAGGCGGCAGGCCUGACAGACCCGGCGCUGCUGCGAUUCACGGCGCAGCAGCCCUUCGUCAAUGCGCCCAAGCCGCAGCCCGUGAAAUGGCACGGCUUCGACACGCUCGCGUCCAUCAUGGUCCACUACAGCACCGUCCUGGAUACCGUCUUCUACGAGAUCCUCGACAUCCCCCUGCGCGAGUUUGAGCAGCUCAAAACCCUCAAGGUGCAGUACCAUGGGGAGAGGACGGAGCCGGUGAGUCAGCACGACGUGCGCGUGCCCAAGGACGACACGGUGGGCGACGUGCUGGAGGCGCUGCGCAAGCAGCUGCCCGAGGACAAGCGCCCCGCAGCCCUGCGCCUGCUCGAGGUCUUCUACAGCAAAAUCUACAAGGUGUUUGCGCCGGACGAGAAGAUCGACAGCAUUGAUGACCGGUACUGGCAGGUGCGCGCGGAGCCCAUCCCUGAGGAGGAGAUGGAGCCGCCGCAGAGCACGCGCCGCAUCCACGCCUACCACGUCAACCCAGACGCCACCAACAACGUGAACUUUGGGCACCCGUUCAUCCUGCAGAUCGGUGAGGAGGAGACACUAGCAGACAUCAAGCCACGAAUACAGGCGAAACUGGGCGUACCUGAGGAGGAUUUUGUCAAGUGGAGGUUUGCGUUUAUGGUCAACCUGCGGCAGCCGGAGUACUUGGAGGACGAGGAUGUGGUGGCGCUGCGCUUUGCGCGGCAGAGCGCGACGCACGGCGUCAGCACGGAGACCAGCUACCUGGGCCUGGAGCACGCAGAUACCGGCCCCAAGCGGCCGCACCCCAACAGCAACCGCUUCUCCCAGUACGAGCGCCCUGUCAAGAUCUACAACUGAGCCGCCGCCGCGGGUGCAUGCGCUCGCGAUGAGAGGGGCCUCUGAGGCAACGGCUGACACGUCAGCAACCGUCCUCAGUUGUUCCUGCUGUCGGUGCUGCAUGCGUGGCUGCGCUUUGAGAAGAGCAGGCGCUCCAACAGAGCUGUGGAGUGCAGUAGGCAAUGUCCUUGUCUUUAGCUGAUGUAUAAUAGGUUGUGUCCUUACAAGACGGGGGAAAACAAACUCGUUCGGAAGUGCCAAACCCGCCUGUCUUGGAGGGCUGGUGCUCUGUGCGAGCUAGGCAAUGUGCUGUCAAGUUCUAUUUGCUGGUCCUGAAAUAUGACCUGACUCCUUGCUAUUAAGCACCCUGAGGCGUGUGAGCUGUGACCCCUUGAGGUUUCUGCUGCAGCCCAGUAUGCUUUGCUUGCAAUUUGAAAGGGAUAUUAACACAAGCAUCCUGCCGGUCGACAGAGCUAAACAUGUGAUGCCCUAUAAUGACACACAAGUCUGACCAUGAUAUAAGUCCUUCGAAAUCCUUCGCCUUAAACAUCAUAUCAUGUAUGAUCUUAAGACUUAAGCUUUGAUGAA